AGAUGAUUGAUUAAACAGAUAUGGAACCUAAGCAAAAAAAAAGAAGGAUGUGUCCUAUCUCGCUCCCCCUUCCCUUCCCCCUCUCCUCCUUAAAAGAAAAUACUACGGAUAAGGAAAGGUCAACGGGAUUGGGACAAGGUUAAGUGUACUGGACGAAUGGGGGUCACUAAAUCUUUGUUUUGCCCCGACAAGAGAGAGCGAGCGAGCGAGCGAGAGAGAGAGAGAGAGAGAGAGAGAGAGAGAGAGAGAGAGAGAGAGAGAGAGAGAGAGAGAGAGAGAGAGAGAUGAUUGUCGGUCGAUUAAACGGAUCAGAUUCUCAUGUAGGCGGUUGUUGCCGUCCGAUUGGGCAAAUCAUCGUUGGGUGGUCGGUGAUCUCUAUCUGCGGCGUGCUCUUGAAAGGUGGGACCAGCUAGCUAUGUCAGAGGAAAAAUGAAACUUUUUUUUUUUGUGUAGACAAAAAAAAAAGAAAUCAGGCCCCCGAUCGGGUCUUGCAGCCAUCUUUCCUGGACACCGUUGUCUUUGAUCCCGGUACAGCGAACAUGGACCAAAAGCUCGAUUGCUGGAUUUGCCGCCAAAACUCCGUCCGGCCUGGGUUUUGCUGCCAUGUAUUGUUGUGCGCCUUCAUCGCUGAGGCCUGGUACAGCGAACUUGGACCAAAAGCUUACCAGCUGGUACAACUAACUUGGGCUGACCAGCUUGUGACCUGGUACGGCCCACUUUCGACCAAUGGUCGAGAGUUCCAAAAGUCCCGAAAGGUCCGCUGGGCUGAUCUCUGGACAUCGUCGAUGCAAAUUUUGCAGCAACCUGCCGAGUUCCAGAAGUUCCAAAAAAAUCGAGAGUUCCAAAAAAAUCGAGAGUUCCGAAACUUCGAGAGUUCUAACAGUUGCGGUGGUCCCCAAAGUUCAAGAGUUCCAAAAGUUGGGGAGGUCCCAAAAGUUCAACAGUUCCAAAAGUUGGGGAGGUUCCAAACGCGUUCGGGAGUUCCAAACGCGUUCGGGAGUUCCAAAAGUUCCAGAGUUCCAGAAGUUCUAAGGAGUUCCAAAAGUUCGAGAGUUGCAGAAGUUCUAAGGAGUUCCAAAAGUUCGAGAGUUCCAAAAGUUGGAGAGUUCCAAAAGUUCUAAGGAGUUCCAAAAGUUGGAGAGUUCCAAAAGUUCUAAGGAGUUCCAAAAGUUGGAGAGUUCCAAAAGUUCUAAGGAGUUCCAAAAAAAGCUGGUGAAGUUCCUUCUCUGCCUCGGCGCACUUUUAACAGUUUGAUUGCGCAGGAGGUCUGUUAUCGUCGGACAAGGUUAAGGUUGCCGUCAACGCUAAUUAGCGAGUGAGGGAAGAGCGUGGAGUGAACUAUUCUGAGUGAAAAAUGGCGGGAGUGUGCGGGAGUGGUCAAAGCAUCGUGAGCAUGUUGGCGGGAACUGGCCCGUUAUAGGCUCCGGAAUAUUUUGGCGGGAAUCGGGCAGUGGGUGGAAGGAUUGUGAGUCUCAUGGCGGGAAUUUUGAUUGAGGAUUUUGGAGGGAACUCGGCAGUGGAAGGAGGCUUUUGGCGGGAAUCGGACCGUGGAAGGAGACGAUUUUGGCGGGAUUCGGACCGUGGAAGGAGAGGAUUUAGGCGGGAAUCCGGUCGUGGAAGCAGAGGAUUUAGGCGGGAAUCCGGUCGUGGAAGGAUGAUCUCGAGUAUUUUGGCGGGAGCCAGGCAGUGGAAGGAUCCUCUGAAUAUUUUGGCGGGAGCCAGGCAGCGGAAGGAUCCUCUGAAUAUUUUGGCGGGAAUCGCAGGAAGGGAGACGAAGGGAUAGCAAAAGACGACCAGAUAAAGAUUAUCAUUGUUGUUCUCGUUGGCGGCAAAUCAACCUCCCGCAUUUUUGUGAUCUAUUUACGGCGGGGUUUGGGAAAGUUGGGAUCCGGAUGAGGGACGGGCAAUAGACAAAACGCUUUUAUAUGAAGCUUUCCAUUUUUUUAAUUUUUUUUGUAUGCUUCAUUUUUUAUUUAUUUUUUAUUUUCUAGUAUUUUUUGUAUAUUUUAUGUUUUUCGUAUUUUUAUGUUUUCCAAGGCGUGGGAAAAAAAAAGGAAAAGAAAAAAAGAUGCCCCGUUGUGUGUUUUUUGACCAGAACCCCGAGGCUGGUCGGGAUGGUGAUACAUCUCGCUCGGUGAAGUGGGGAAUGAUUACAAACGACCCAUGCAAGGCGACACGUGAGAGGAGGACACGUGGCAUCGCGUUGGAUCAGCAGGUUCGUGGAAUAGGUGUUUGCCUGUCUGGAUUGGGAUAUCACAAAUGGAUGAUGAUCGACGGCAGUUCCGACUCAGAAUUGGAAAUGCAUGGAGAGAUGGGCGUCGUCGCUAGUCCUCAGUGUAUUUGUUGAUGUCAUAAAAAAUCGUUGCCUGUUAGCAGGAGGCCAAAAGAGAUGGGAGGGAAAGAGUCUUAGAUUGGGAUCUCCUUUUUGUUUUCCUUUUCUUUUUUUUUUUCUUUCGGGCAUGUCUUUUCCUUGCUCCUCUCACCUCUCUCCUCCUAUCUCCCCCUCUCUCCUCCUCUCUCCUCCUCUCUCCUCCUCUCUCCUCUUCUCGCUCCUCUCCUCUGUCCUGUGUUCUUGCCGCUGCUCCCCUCUUGUCCUCAUUUCCCAUGUGCUCAGUGUUCGUUCUCAUCUACUACCUCUGUCUCGUCUUCCCUCCCCUUCUUUGUCUUCAAUUUUUUUCUCUUGCUCUCUCUCAUUACUCUCUCGUGCUUCGUCUCUAUUCACAUC